CUUCUCUCGCAAAUGGCCUCAGGCCCCAUGCUCGCUCCAUUACUUGCGUCCACUCUUCAGCGGUUAGCGAUCCGGCGGGCAGAGAGCCCAAAAAGCUUCGACGUGCAAUCCAGAAGCUCUGGAGACUGCAGCAUGCCCGCCGGCGACCAGAUUCAAGCCAUCGCCGGCGACAGAGACAGAGACAGAGACAAGUCCCAAAAUGGCCCCUAACGAAAGGCACCGAGUCGUCAGAUACGAGUAAGUCUGGACGGCCUAGUUGUGCGCUACCUGGGCAUUAUAGAACGGGUGUAAGGAAUGCAAUGGGAUGGAACGAAGCGGCACACACCCUGCACGAGUCCUGCUUCGGCAUAGGAGACGGCGUUUGGUGACAUACCCGCUUAGCUUGCUUGUGCUGAAGAUUCACAUUACCCGCGCGCAGUUUUGGGCAUGAGGAAGGCCGUUUGUACGGUGUAUCCUAUACUUGAGAUGCUGGAUGUUCGAUCCCGAAGCAUGAUCACGAUUCACGCAUUAUCAGCUGUUGAAAAUCCUUGCCCGUUGCUCUUUUUCUUGAAACCGGAGUUGCUCAAAGCGGGAAACCGAAUGACAUCCAUUGACAUUUCUUGUGUGGCUGGCGGGAAUAUAAAGUGACAUACGCAUUGAAGCCAGCGUUGGCGAAUCCAUGGUGCGUCCUUGGUUGGAGGGAGGGGCUGGGCAGCUUAUGUUAUGUUGUCUAUGUCCUGGUACGCCAACGUCGACUCCAACUUUCUGGGAUCCGAUCGAUCGAGGGCGAAUGCAAUAAGCCUUUUGUGUAACGCUGGUGAGGACCACGGUGGCCGUCUGGUAUCCAUUCUGUCCGCAUACUUCGGCAUUGGGGUCGACGUUCCUGGCGAUGCAGCGGGACCGGUGGCACGAGUGGAGAGUUG